GGGGGAGAGAGGUUCCUGUCGCUUCUGUGGUUUUGCCGUGACGCGCUGAUGUUUGUAUGCAUACUGGGACGAAGGAGAACCGAGGUGGUCACACAAAAGGAAUAGCUGUCCGAAGACACUCUUUAGGAUAAAGAAGCACCAUGGAUGAAGAGGAGCAGUUUGUGAACAUUGAUCUUAACGAUGACAAUAUCUGCAGUGUCUGCAAGCUAGAGACAGAAACAGGGACCUUAUCUUUCUGCCAUGUCUGCUUUGAACUCAGUAUUGAAGGUGUCUCUUCUGCUACCUUGUUGCACUCAAAGUCCCUGCGGGGUCACAGAGACUGCUUUGAGAAAUGCCACCUCAUCGCCAACCAGAAGCUGUCACGUUCCAAGGUCUCCCGAAGUGCCUACGAGGGCAUGAAGCUGGCGCUCAGCCAGAAACUGAACCGCAUCAUCCAGUAUGCCCAGAACAAAGACUCUGUCUCCUCCAACAGCUCCAGCAGGCGGGGGGCCAAGCUUCUUUGUUACAAUCAGCAGAGUGACUGCAAGCUGCUUCCCCAGUCAGAUGCCCAGGUGCCCCGGUACACUCCCUGCUGGGACAGGGGUAAAGCAACAGGGCUGCCUGAUUACACCAUGGGAAUGUUGGAGUGCCACACAGCAGAGGAGCUGGGGCUGCUAAAAGAGUCACAAUCCGACGUUUGGUCGAGUGACGGCAGGAAAGGUCUGCAUAGCCGGAACCAGUCGUCAGGAGGACAGACACAGGACAGACAGCAGGGCCACAGCAGAGAUGAAUUGACUAAAAUGAGUGUGGACGAACUCCAUCAGCUGAAUGCCCAGCUACUGCUGCAGAUUCAAAAAGUCUUUGAAGAGCUGACUGUGGCCGUGCAGGAAAAAGACUCAUUGGCAUCAGAGCUGCAUGUGCGUCACAUUGCCAUCGAGCAGCUCUUUAAGAACUGUGCCAAACUGCCCUGGCUGCACAUUAGCAGGGCUGGGGUCAAGACCAGCAGCACCAGUGGCCCUGUUGAGUGAGAUGCAAGGUGCUGGGAGGAAUCUGAAAAACACUUCAACAUGCUGACUGCAGCAUGGCUGAAAAAGCCUUCAUGUAUACUGAGUGACUUUUAUGGUCACUUUUACGUCAAGUUGUUAGACCUAUAUUAGAGCUGCAUUAAGGGCUGGGUUGACGUGGCCUCUGUUCUCGUGGUUGCAGUGAUGAUGCAAGGAUUAAUGGCGGUUUGCAGUAUAAAACUAAUAGCUGGUCUGGCAUGUGACCUGAAUUCCACCCAACUCAUGUACCUAAGAUGCAUGUAAAUACCUGGCGAAAUGGGGCUCAGAGUUUCCUGGGCCCGGUACACAAUGAGGACUUGUUCUUGUUGGACAUGAUUCUUGAAGAAUAUCUUUUAAGAUUUACAUUAGUACAGACCGAAAAACAAUGUGUCUGCAUAAUUUUACAUAAAUGAUUGCUGUUGGUUUUAUUUUCUUUUUGCUGUCAAACAUUUCAGUUUUCAUUGUUUUCAUUUUUGCACUGCUUAAUACCCCUCCAUGUGUUGUUUGAUGGUUCUCUGUAGACAGUGGUGAGUUACAGUAUUUUAUAACGUGGCAUGGGUGAAUACUUGAUGAAGAUUGUUUGGACGAAGUCUAUCAUAUUCAUACCAUCAGGCACUGCCAGCAGUUAUGUUAGAUUGCUGUUUUAAUGUACAGCAUUAACAAGGUUUAAGCAUUUCCUGCAGCUGCACACUGGCAAUAUAAUAGCUUGAAACAUGAGUGUUAGAGUUGCCUUCAUACUGCUUGAAUUAGACAUGAUAGUUUGUGAAAACUGUGGAGAUAUUUACCAUCUUGUAGAUAAGAUAUAUUCAACAAUAGUUGACAUCUGCUGGGGAGGUUAAAAAUAAUUAGAAACACUAUCAAAGCUUUGAUAAAUUUCUUUUAAAUAGCAGAAAUAACAUAGGACUGAAAAAUUAUGAUGCAAAAAUGGCAACAUAUUGAAAUAAGGUCAAGUGUUAAUCUGGAAAACGGCAUGGGCAAGUAUAAGACAACACCCAAAAGUACCCUAAAGCAUCAUUGCAACAAAGCCAAAUCAAAGUGUGAAGGUUGACAAGGCUCUACUAGCUGUGCAGGUUUUGUUGUGAGGUUUGUGAGGAUGAUGACUAUUUUGGGAGUGUCUAUGAACUCAUAAUUUGUAACGGUUGGCGAGCAGCAAGUGGAAAUAUCACUUGUUGAAUAUCAGUUAAUAUACCCUCCUAAAGUUAGUGUACUUACUUAAAGCAAUAGGUAUUUUGUUUUUAAUUCAACAUUUGGGUUUGUAGUGACAAUUAUUGUUGGUGAGAUUUACUUGAUAUUUAGUAUAGAGCUGUUUGGUGUCUGUUGUAUAGCUUCAAGCACAAGUUGUACGUACAGCUAUACACUGAAAGAGCACCAUCAGAUUAGCAAAGGUGAAACUAUUGAAAAGAAGUCAAGCUGCCAAACCAAAGUCUGUAUUUGAUCUGUUUUACGUGUGAACUACGAGCAUUUGACUUAGACUUCAUUAACAGAGGAAGGAUGCAAUACCAAACUGAUAUAAAACUCAUGUGGCUUAGAGAUUUCUUAUGUUUGGUUCAUUGUGUGUAAUAAUGAAUCAGAUGUUUUUAUUCUAAAAGUGUUGAUGUGGAAAUGAUUAGUGCACAUGUCUGUGUUUUGUGAUUUGUUUUAUUUAUCUUUUUAAAUUUUCUUUCAUGUGUAGUUUAACUUUUGCCCUCUCUCCUGCAUUGAUGUUUGAGAGCUAAGUUGAUGUCACAGCAAUACAAACAGGAUAGUUAUGUCUACUGUGCCUCUGGAGGCCCCUGAUUUGCGAACAAAAAAAGACAAAGAAGGAUAUAGGGAAUGAUAUUAACAGUCAGGGUUUUAAGCCUGCAGUUUUGCUUAGUUUAUUAUUCAGGAACCCUAUGCAAGAACGAGACAAAUAAAUAGAAGCAGAAGCCUUAUAAAGUAGAAAACAUCUCAAAGAAUAUUGGUUAUCUGAGUUUUCCUCAGAGGAAGUCACAGAGCUACUUGAGUAUAAUAAGAUGGGGAAGACAAGGUUCUAAUCAGAUUGAUGUUUAGAAAAAGUCAGCAUUGUCAGUGUAUCUGUUUUGCUCUCUUUGUAAGAGAUUAAAUGUAUUUGACCCCUUUUAGGGUUUAAAGUUAAAGGUUUUAGCUCCAUUUUAAACUUUUAUCUUGGAUUUAUUUGGAUUACUGUGUGCUGAGUGUGAGAAUAUUCAGAUUACUGGUCCUUGAUGUAAGUUUUUAGUCAUUCAGUCUACAGUUACUUCUUUUUUAUUUGUGUUUUAAUUAUGAAUGCUGUGUAUUUUUGAAUGCUGUGGAAACAUGCCUGGGCCUAUGUGUCAGCUCAGCAGAAACUUCAGGCGGCCUGGCUUUGGGUGUCUAUUCUUUCUGGCGGUCUCAUUAUCAUUUACGGGAGGUGUAAGCAUACCUGUUACAUUUCCACCUCCUUCCUUUAGACUUGACUCUUUGUUCAUUUGUUUUCUGAUGUUGAACAAGUCUCCAUUUGUGUUGUGUGAUGUUUUGGAUUCUAUUUAUUCUGUGUGUUCAUGGACCUUGCACAGGCUAUGUGAUUUGUGCUUAAGUGACAGUUUGUAAUAUUUUGUAAAAUAUUUCAAUAAAAUGAAAUUAUUUUUUACUA